CUAGCCUCCUCGUCCUCCCCGACCCCCUGCACAAGUGCAAAUCAUCUGCCUGUAAAGGCCAAGCCAACCGCGCUACUGCAGAGUUCAGGGAGAGGUAGCUUGCCAGGCGAAGGAUGGAGCGUGUGAACUCGAGCCUGUGCCUGGAGAACCUGCGGAUGAUGCACGAGAACGAGCGGCUGCGGAGGAAGGCGCAGCAGCUGGACCAGGAGAACAAGGCCCUCCUCGCCCAGCUCAAGCGCAAGCAGCAGCAGCAGCAGCACAACUCCUCGGCGUCGUCGUCGGCGUCCCAGCAGCAGCAAGGCGCCCCUUCCGCCGCCACCGCGGCCAACAACUUCAAGGCGGCCGGCAAGCAGCAGCCCACUAUGUGAACAAGUGACCGCUAGCUGCAUCCUUGUCUUUUGUAACGUAGCAGUAGCUAGCUGGUUACUACUCCUAACUAGCCACUGGUAGAGUAGUAGUAGAAGGAAGUUAGGAACUGAUGAUGAUGGUUAAGCCAGCAGCGGCAGCAUUUUGUGCUACGCAGAUGGAGUACUCAACUCAACUAGUCAGUUGAGCAGUCAGUCUUUCACAGUGCACGCAGCAUGCUACCGACGAUUGUUCCAGUACUGCUGCUUUUGUAAAAACAAGUGCCUCUCUCUUGUAUGCAAAUAUGCGAUGCAAUAGAG